ACGCAACGAUUCUGAAUCAGUGCGUGGCAGUCAGACUGGGUCGGGCGGAGGAAGAAGAAGAAAACAUCUGGACCGAAAAGGGAAUAAAAUGUCGGAUUACAAGGGACUCUCUCCUCCUGCUGUACGUUCAACUUUUACUUGAGAUAGGUAUCAUUGUCCUGUACUCAAAAACUCCUCCGGGUACUUUCGUGUGGGAACCGAAGUUGUCACUUAGCCGUUUACGAGCUGUCAUCGCCAUGGAUCAAUCCGUCGCAAUUCAAGAAACUUUGGAAAGGGAAGAAAACUGCGUCAUAGCUGUCCAAUGUGAUGUCCUCUUUGAUGAUGCUGAAGAGAGCCGGCUGCUGGGAUUGGUGGAGUCUACAAAAGAAAAUGCAAUCUUUAUUUACACCCAUCGGAGGAUGGCUAUUACUGCUGACGACGUGUCACUGGAGGACAUCCUACCCAUCUCCCUUGAGUUUUCUGUUGUGGAGGUCUCUUCCCCAGAGGAGCUUGCAGUUGUGGGUGGUGAUACCAGGGUGAGGGUUAGCUUCCAGGACGAGGAGCUGGAGCUCAGACUCCCUUUUGGGUCUCACUCGCGGCUCUUCCUCAGUGAGGUCAACAGAGCGUGGAGUGAUGUGUGCAAGUCUCCAACACAGCAACCCAAAUUUGAAUGGAUCAGCAAGUACCGAAGAGCCUCCAGAGGCCAGGGAGUUGUCAAACAAACCCUUACUCCCCUCGGCAACACCAUUACCAAAUUAAACCAGCACCGGAAAACAGAAAAAUCCUCGGACAAAAAGGGAAAUAUAGACAAGGAGAAAGCUUCUAACAGCGUCACACAGAAGUCCAAAGCAUAUUCCAGCACAGAGAGCCAAGCCAUCUCCAGUCGAGAAGACCGGGAUGACCUGGUGCGCUCCUCCAGCCACACCCCGUCUAACAAAUCUCAGAUACUGGCCAUGCCGCAGUUUGGCCUGCGAGACAACCUCAUCAAGUGUGAGCUGCUGAAGAAUGAGGACCUCUACACGUACUUGGAGGAUUUCAGCAUUUUCCUCGGCACGUAUAAUGUGAAUGGACAGAUUCCGAAGGAAAGUCUCCGUCCUUGGCUGAGCUGCACCCUCAACCCCCCGGACAUCUACUGCGUGGGUUUUCAGGAGCUCGACCUCAGCAAAGAGGCUUUUUUCUUCAAUGACACCCCAAAAGAGCUGGAGUGGACGAAGGCUGUGACUGAGGCUUUGCAUCCAGAUGUCAAGUAUGCCUUAGUAAAGCUGGUGCGACUGGUGGGCAUCAUGCUGAUCUUCUAUGUGAAGAAGGAGCAUGCAGAGUUCAUCUCUGACGUGGAGGUUGAGACUGUGGGAACUGGCAUCAUGGGAAGGAUGGGAAACAAGGGUGCUGUUGCAAUCCGUUUUCGCUUCCACAACUCUGAUAUCUGCGUAGUCAACUCUCAUUUAGCCGCCCACAUCGAAGAAUAUGAGAGACGCAAUCAGGACUACAGGGACAUUUGCAGUCGUCUCCUGUUUCGCCAGCUUGACCCUACCCAGCCUCCACUCACCAUCAUGAAGCAUGAUGUGGUAUUGUGGAUUGGGGACCUGAACUACAGGCUCAGUGACGUUGAAGUCGAAUAUGUGAAGGAGCUAAUCAGCAAGAAGAACUUUGAAACACUGCACAAUUACGAUCAGCUCAAGAGGCAGAUCAAUGAGAAGGCUGUGUUUGUUGGCUUUGUUGAAGGAGAGAUUACUUUUCAGCCAACCUACAAAUAUGACACCGGCUCUGACAUGUGGGACACAAGUGAGAAAUGCCGCGUACCUGCCUGGUGUGACCGUAUCCUGUGGAGAGGGAAGAAUAUCAAGCAGCAACAUUAUCAGAGUCACAUGGCUCUGAAGACCAGUGACCACAAACCAGUCAGCUCUGUGCUGGUCACAGGGAUUAAGAGAGUUAAUGCUGACGACUAUAAGAAGACCUUUGAAGAGAUUGUUCGCAAUAUAGAUAAAAUGGAGAAUGAGUGUAUCCCAUCUGUAACCCUGUCCAAGCAAGAGUUUCACUUUAAGGACCUGAAGUUCAUGCAGCACCAGGCAGAGACACUGAGCCUCUUCAAUGACGGGCAGGUCCCGUGCCAGUUUGAGUUUAUCCAGAAGCCGAAUGAGCCAACGUACUGCAAGCCUUGGCUCACAGCCAACCCCCCAAAAGGCUUUAUCGCUCAGGGUGGCUCUGUGGACAUUGAGCUUGAGGUGUUUGUUAACCGCUCAACAGCGCCUGACCUUAACUCUGGAAAGGAGCAGAUAGAAGACAUCUUGGUGCUCCACCUGGAGCGUGGCAAAGACUACUUUAUCUCUGUGGCAGGCAACUACAUGCCCAGCUGCUACGGCACAUCCAUUCGCUCUUUGUGUCAGCUAAGGGAGCCCAUCCAAGACAUGCCGCCGGAGGUCCUCCGUGAACUGGUGGAAAUGUCUGGAGAUAAGAAUGCAGCAAAAACUGAAAAGCCUCUUGACAUUCCUAAAGAACUGUGGAUGAUGGUGGAUCACUUGUUCCGCAAUGCAAUCAAACAGGAAGACAUUUUUCAGCAACCUGGGCUCCGGACUGAGUUUGCAGAAAUAAGGGAUUGUCUCGACACUGGCAUGCCAGAUUCUCUCCCUGGAAGCAACCACUCAGUGGCCGAGGCCUUGCUUCUCUUUCUUGAUGCUCUACCAGAGCCGGUGGUUCCCUUCACCUUUUACCAGCAAUGCCUAGAAAGCUGUUCCAGUGCCAGUCUGUGUGAGAAAGUUAUUUCUAUGCUACCUCAGUGCCAUCAAAAUGUGUUCAACUACUUAGCUGCCUUUCUGCGUGAGCUGUUGAAGAAUUCGGCCAGCAAUCGGUUAGAUAUCAACAUCUUGGCAACCAUUUUUGCCUCCUUGCUCCUGAGGUCACCUACAAAACAGGAUCUUGCAGAGAAGAGGAAGACUCAGGAGUUUUUUCAGCACUUCCUGACACAAGGCUCCUCUUAGACGGAGGACUUCUCCCUCAUUUUCUCCACGCUGAAGCUGAACACUAAAACUGUACAGUCCAGUAUUUGAAAUAAACUGUUAUAAUUUCAUAAAUUCUUAUUUGGCUCUUUGUAUAGAUAUAGAACAGCAUUAUUGUAAGGGACAUUUCUUAUCUGAUAUUAGUUUGUUUCAAAGAAAUGUUUGUAAUCUGUUGAUGCACAGAGUUUAUUGUAUAUUGUUGAACAUCUGUAGAGUCCUAACAAGAUUUUAAUGUAUGUAUAUUUUAUUUAAAAAAAAAAAAAAAAGGAUAAUUUGUACAUUAAUGUUUCAGAUUGCAACAGAAUAUCACUUUUCUACAUAAAGCUGUUGGGAAGAAAAAAG